AUGACACCAUCCAUCACAGCUAUCGAGACCACAGACGGACAAGAAGGGUCAGUGUACUGCAAAUACACAGUAGAAAGUAGCGAUUUAAAUAGAGGUGAAGGUGGACAAUUAGUUGUGAGAACAACUACGGCAGAUUUUGCAGCUGAAGAUGGGGACGAAGUCACAAUGAUAAACGAAUCUAUGUUCUUGAUGGAUAAAGAAGAAUCUGAAGAGAUGGAUUGUGGCGAUGGUAACACUUUUGCAUGGUUUGUCAAUGGAGUGAAAAACAGUGAUAGUACUACACAAACUUAUAAAUUUGAACAUGAUGGCGUGGAUACCAUUAUACAAUGUAUAAAGUCUUCUGAAGAUGAAACUUUAAAAACAAAUACGAUUUGGAAUGUCUUCACUGUAACAGAAGUAAAAGAAGUUGAUCCUACAGAAACAGAUAUAGACGUUACCCAUGAAAAGUCAACAACAUUUAACUGUGAAAUUGUCUCUGAUACGGAAAGCUUCCCAGCUCCUUUAAGAAUGUGGUUCUGGUUAGAUGACACAGAUGGUGCUGAGGAGGAACUUAAAAAAGUAACGGCGGCAGAUCCUCCCACUUACGAGCAGACUAUAACCUACAGCGACAAUGGGAAUUUCAAGUGUUAUCAGGAAAAUGGUAUUGGAUCAAAAUCUUUGGUGAAGAACUAUAAAACAGUGUAUAUAGUUGACACAAAAGUAGAUUAUCUUACACCAAAUCCAAGAUAUUGGUAUGAAUACAUUGAAAGUGUUCCUGAAGUUUACUACGUGAAAAAAGAUACAUUCAACAUCAGCUGUGGAAUCACGAAAGAAGCUAGGUACAAAAUCUGGUGGAAAUUAGGAGAGGAAUAUUUUCACCUUGAUGAAACUGAUGAUGUGUUUAAAAAGUUAAAUCCUGGUGCAUCAGAUGAUGACAAAUGGGCAGAUUCUUUGGAUAUAGAGGAUACAGAUGGAUGGAGUAUUAUCAAACAAGAUGAUGACGCAAGUUUAGGGCAUCUAACUAAACAAGAUUUUGCUAUAGAGAAUUACAAAAGUGACAUGGCUGAUGCAAUAGAGAUGAGUGAUCCAGUAGUUUGUUUUCUCAUAGACACAGAUACAAUGACAACAGUUGCAGACCUAAAAGGUGUAGAAACUGGGGAGAAGGAGGAAACAUUCAAGAAAUUAACAGUGAGGGUCUUUGAUAAAAUCACGAAGCCAAUUGUAAAAGGACCCCUUAACCAAAUCCAAUCAGAGAAGAUAGGCAAACCCAUUACAAUGAAUUGCAAAACUAAUGGAAUACCUCCUUCAUUCAUCUAUUUCAUGUUUACCAACAACAAAACAGAGGGAACAAACAUUACUGAAGAGCUCUUGAAAGAGGAUAAAGCUGUUCAGUUCACAAGGUAUCGUAUUGAGCGUGUAACAGACAUACUUACAACUCUUACGAUUACAGCACCCAACGAGGAAGACGAAGGUAAAUUUACAUGCUAUGCAAUUAAUAGACAGACCACAGAAGACUCUCCUGAAGCGGGUCCAGAUGCAGAUGUUUACAUAGAGGAGCCUUGUUCAGAGGGUGCACAAUUCUGUUUUAAGAAUUUUUCCACGCCAAUAAUCAAGUAUUUGUGGGCAUUUGUGCUUGCAUUUGGUGUAUUGAAAUCAAUACUGUAAAACAUCAAUAGAAACCU